AUGUUCAACAUUCUCCGAUUCGGAAUUGCCAAUCAUCACUACAAGAAUGCCAUCGAAGUCAGAGAUUCAAUUCGAUCGAUGGCUCCUCCAAUCACCUCCAAACGAAAUGAUGCAUUAUUGAACGACUGGAAUAUUUACCUUCCAUACGAAAUGCAUUAUGAGAAAAUUCUGCUUCUCAUUCAUGGUGGAGGAGGUUACGGUGGUCAACAAGAUGGAUGGCAAGCCUCUUCUAUUGCAGAACAUGUAUAUUUGGAACAAUUUCAAGAAUUUUCAAAACAUGAGAAUGUUGCAAUCUCUUGUUCCAAUCGACACACUCCUCUCACGCACAUGUUAUCAGUGAAUUAUCGAUUAAUGGGUCUCGAAGAGCACGAACGUAAAAAUUCAUCUCACUAUGCCUCCAAUCUUGAAGAUCAAAUUCAUGAUGUCCUGCAAGCGUAUUUAUGGUUAAUUUCAGAGAAUCUCCAUGUAAAUUCACAAGAAAGAUCACUCCCUGUAUUUAGACCAGAACAAAUAGUGGUCAUGGGAGAUUCAUUUGGUGCUGCAUUGGCUGCAUGGUUUUUACUGAAAUUGGCUUCAGAUCCCAAACAAUAUCCAACCAUCUUCCAUCAUUCUCAUUUCAGGAUGUUAUGA